AUGGCUCGUUUUUCUGGUAAAGUGGUGAUAGUUACAGGUUCCAGUCAUGGAAUUGGAAAAGCUACUGCGAUAAUGUUUGCUAAAGAUGGAGCUAAAGUAACGAUCACUGGACGAGACAAAGAAGCACUUCAGGUUACAAAAUCAGAAUGCGUAAAUGUUGGAGCAAAAGAAGCUGACCUUUUUGCUUUAAUUGGUGAUAUCAAGAAUGAUGACGAGAAACUUGUUAACGAAACAGUGAAGAAGUUUGGCAAAUUAGACAUUUUGGUAAAUAACCAUGGAGCUGUCUUUCGUGAACGAGAUGAUGCUGGCAACUUUGAUUUAAAUAACUUCGAUGAAAAUAUUACUACUAAUUGUAAAAGUUCUUUUGCGAUGAGUUGUAAAACCUUGCCACAUCUGAAAGCUACCAAAGGAUGUAUUCUAAAUGUCAGCAGUAUAGCUGCUAAAACAGCGAUGCCCAAAAUUUUUUACUCGACUGCAAAGGCUGCAUUAGACCAGGUCACCAGAACACUGGCAUUGGAAAAUGCCAAAUACGGAGUACGCGUCAAUGCUGUGAACCCGGGAGCUGUCAUGACGAAUAUUGUUAGAGACAGCAGCGUCACAGAGGAAAUGAAAGAAAGAGCUUUCAAAGUUGUAAUUGAAGAAUGUAUUCCAAUUGGUAGAUACGGAAUGCCGGACGAUAUUGCACACAUAAUAACAUUUUUGUGUGAUGACGAAACAGCUGGAUUUAUUACCGGACAAACUAUAGUGGUCGACGGAGGUUCCAUGCUAGUUCAUCCCUGGUACAACAAUCCGAGCAUCGAACACUUAAUGAAACAGUAG